ACAAUCCAGAGAGAGAGACGAUGUACAGGACAUGAGCGAGAACUUUGUUGUGAAAGAAACGCUCUACGACAGCGUGGCGCAAGAAUUGCGUGACAACGACACUGAGGAAGAGGAACCCAGUGACGACGAUGAUGAGGAGGGCGAAUCGAGCGACGACGAUGAUGAGGAGGAGGAAACGAGCGAGGAUGCCGAUUCAGAAGACACAGACUCUGAGGAUGAUGAAGGGAAGAACGAGUCGGGAAUUGAUAUCGAUAUGUUCAAGAAGAGUCUAUAUGGAGAACUUUUAGGAGAAGCAAAGCAGAUAAUAGCACAGGAGGUGAGAAGAGGACUGUACAGCAAAUCAAGCAAGAGUGAGAAACCUCCUUACAAGUUGGGAAAGUGCGGCAGGAACGCACGUGUGUACAACAAGAAAGCUAACUACCACGUGAACAUUAAGAGUGUCGAACUAGUUCUGAAGGAAGAUUGCUGCAAGGCCAACUGUUACAAGAAGUUUACGGCGGUAGACGUUUUCUACAAGCGCGAAGAAUUUUGGGCGAUGAAACAACUUGAGCAACUGAACUUCUUUCUCGCAGAGAUGAGGAUUGCGUCGUACUUUUCGGAUGAGGGAGAUUUAGAGGUGUUAAGGGUGACGUUCAACGGUGUAAAGGCUUGCACAAAAGUGUGGGGAAAGUUAGUGUUUAGUAAAGUUAAGUUAAACUUUCUUCUUGUAGGUCACACGCACGAGGACAUCGACCAGAUGUUCAGCUGUUUCUCGAGAAAGUUGGUUGCACAUGCUGAUGUCAGCAGAGCAGGUGAAGAAGUUCCACCAACUGCUAACGGCUUUGACCAACGCUGGGAUCAUUUGUUCCCUCCUGAGAGACCCAUCAACAUCGGCGCACGAAAGAGCAAACAGUUUCAAGAGGACAGAGACGAAAAGUAUGACGAUCUCGAGGUCAACACUUUCAUCGCAUUACGAGUUUGUUCGGGGCAGGAAGAGAGAGGCAAACCUUACCACAUUGGCAAGGUUGUCGAGCUGCUAGCAGGUAAACGAUUCAAAGUUGCUUGGUUUGCACAACGUGAGAAAGGAGAGGGUUACUAUCCUCAGUUCAAAACAAAUCCUCAAGGAAAGACUACGAGAGAGCCUUCCGAGGACGUCUAUGACUGGAGCUGCGGCGUUCUUUGUUACAACUUCCAACUGAAGACAGACAUGACCCUCUUCUCGCAGACCAGACAAAAGAUCUCCGAGAUGUUGAAUUCCAUGGCAACGGAGGAUGUCCACUAGGAAGACCUUCUAGAAACCGAUUGCUUCGAAGGUUGGCAGAGUGUCAUCAAGAUCGAGGUCAUUUCUGCUCCCGCAUCAUAUCAGGUUUUCUUUUGUCGCUGUUCAACAAAUUAUCUGAGUCUAG